AUGUUCGAAGAUAUUCCAUUGAUUUAUAUGAAUGUGAAAAUUUUGAAAUUUUGGUCACUGCUUUAUGAUCAUAAUUGGCGUCGUUAUGUCACCAUAAUACCACCCACGUUUUUAGUCUUUACCCAAUUCUAUUAUAUGUUCAUGACGGAAGAGGGUAUCGAUGCCAUUAUCAGAAAUUCAUAUAUGUUGGUACUGUGGUUCAAUACCAUCUUGAGGGCAUAUAUUUUAAUCAAGGAUCGUGUGGAAUAUCAAAGUUUGCUGCAGGACUUGGAGACGUUCUUUUAUGAGUUGGAUAAAUCCAAUGAUGCCAUUGUCCGCGACCUAUUAACCAGUGUCAAUUCCAAUGGCCGAGUUAUGGCACGUGGUAAUCUCUUUUUGGGUCUGCUAACCUGCAUUGGUUUUGGUUUGUAUCCCCUGCUGGCAGCUGAAAGAGUCCUACCGUUUGGUAGCAUCAUUCCCGGCGUCAAUGAAUAUCAAUCGCCUUUCUAUGAAUGUUGGUAUAUUUUUCAAAUGUUGAUCACCCCAAUUGGCUGUUGCAUGUAUAUACCCUAUACAAGUUUGAUUGUAUCCCUUAUUAUGUUCGGUAUUGUGAUGUGUAAAUAUUUGCAACGUCGUCUGGCGACAUUGAGUCGUUUCAAAGGAAAUCCGGAAUGGAUUCAUGUUGAAGUUGUUGAGUGCAUUAAAUAUCAGAAGAAGAUCAUUGAAUAUUGUGAUACUGUGAACCGUCUAACAACUUUCAUGUUUCUCUUGGAAUUUGUGGCCUUUGGUACCCUGCUCUGUGCUUUGCUAUUUCUCUUGAUAUUUGUGGACUCGGCUGCCCAGGCAAUUAUUGUCUGUGCCUAUAUAACAAUGAUAUUUUGUCAGAUAUUGGCAUUAUAUUGGUAUGCGAAUGAAUUGAAAGAACAGAAUCUAUCAAUCGCUGCCGCUGCCUAUGAAACGGAAUGGUUCACCUUUGAUAUACCUGUUCAGAAGUUAAUUCUUCUGAUGAUAAUGAGAGCACAGAAACCAUGCACGAUCAAAGUUGGCAACAUUUAUCCGAUGACAUUGGAAUUGUUUCAGGCUUUGCUAAAUGCCUCGUAUUCGUAUUUUACUCUACUGAAACGAGUUUAUGGCUAAGCGAUAAGCAGAAAAUU